AUGUCUCAUGUAUCAGACAUAAAAAUUCUAUUUUCUAGGUUGUGUACUAUGAAAAAUGGAUUACCUUCUCUUAAAUAUGGAAGUAGAAGCUUCAGUCAGAAUGUGGAAAGACCGCCACAACCCUUACCAAAAGGAAGUGUAACUCCUCUGCCUCCAUUGUCUGAGCCUAUGCCUAACCUCCCUCCAGUGGCUUAUGCAUCUUCGAAAUCUGAAAACUACACCACAGAAGUGACAACACUAAGUAAUGGAUUAAAAGUUGCAUCAGAAAAGAAGUUUGGCCAAUUUUGUACUGCUGGCGUUGUCAUCGAUUCCGGACCAAGAUAUGAAAUUGCAUAUCCUAAUGGAAUUUGUCAUUUUCUUGAGAAAUUAAGUUUUGGUGCAACCCACAAAUUUGCCACCCGAGAUGUUAUGUUAAGAGAGUUGGAGAGACAUGGUGGUAUAUGUGACUGCCAAGGUUCUCGUGACACCACUGUGUAUGCAACCAGUGCUGAUUCAAGGGGUCUUGAAGCAAUAACACAGGUUUUAGCUGAAGUUACAUUAAGACCUCAGUUAUCAACAGAAGAAAUAGAAGCAGCAAGACAAGCUGUUGCAUUUGAACUUGAAACAUUGCAAAUGAGACCCGAGCAAGAGACUAUAUUAAUGGACAUGAUUCAUGCCGCUGCAUAUAAAGGCAACACACUCGGCAUUCCGAAAAUUUGUCCACAAGAAAAUGUAUUUAAAAUAGACCGCAAUGUAAUAAUUAACUACUUGAAAAAUCAUUACACUCCUGAUAGAAUGGUUGUUGCUGCUGUUGGGGUUGAACAUGGACCCUUUGUUGAAUAUGUGCAGAAAUAUUUCGUAGACAUAAAACCAACAUGGCACACUGAAGACAGCGAUUCAUUUAAACCACAGAUAGAUAAGUCUAUUGCACAAUAUACAGGAGGAAUAGAACAAGAGGAAUGUGAAAUCCCACUCUAUCCAGGAUCUGACUUACCUGAAUUAUCUCAUGUUGUUAUAGGAUUAGAAAGCUGCUCGCACGGUGACCCCGACUUCGUGGCGACGUGCGUGCUCAACAUGAUGAUGGGCGGCGGCGGCUCGUUCUCGGCGGGCGGGCCCGGCAAGGGCAUGUACACGCGCCUCUACACCAACGUGCUCAACAGGUACCACUGGAUGUUCAACGCAACGGCCUACAACCACGCGUACGGCGACUCGGGCCUGUUCUGCGUGCACGCGGCGGCGCCGCCCGCGCGCCUGCACGACACGGCGCUGCUCGUGGCGCGCGAGCUGGCCGCCGCGGCGGGCGCCGUCGCCGACGCCGAGCUCAGGAGAGCGAAAACUCAACUACAAUCCAUGCUACUGAUGAACCUCGAAGCGAGGCCGGUGGUGUUUGAAGAUGUUGGCCGCCAAGUACUAGCUACUGGAAAGAGAAAACCACCUUCGUUCUUCAUUAAUGAAAUCGAAAAAAUCACCGCUGAGGAUAUAAUCCGCGUGGCGAGACGCAUGCUCAGUAAGCGACCAGCCGUCGCCGCGCGCGGCAAGCUCAUACACUUACCCAGUUUUGAAGAUAUACAGGCAAACAUGACUCUCAAUAAGAGCGAAUCCUCUUCACAGGGCCGACGACUUAAUCUUUUUCGCGUUUAAAAAUAUAUUCUAGAAAUGUUAUCGCAUAUACGUUGUAUAUGGAUGUUAAAUAAAUUUAUUUUAGUCUUAUUUC